CAGCAUGUGUUAAUAUUUUGCCGGUGAAGUGGAUGUCACAUUGUUGUUAUACUUAAAACAACUAGAAAGAACUACUCACUCACUUUAUUUAAAACGCCGGAUAAAUUAUAACAUGAGGAAAAUGCUAAGGAAUAAAAUCUUUUUCCUUUUUCAUAUUCUGAAGCUUAUUACUAUAAAUGAUACGGAAUCUAAAAUGUCAACGGUUGUCCGUUCUCUGUGCAUGUUAUUUUCGGUCUUAUUAUUGACAGUGAUUAUACCUAGCGAAGCUAUAGACAAUCAGUGUGGAACCGUCUCUCUCAGAACCGAAAAGGUGGUUGAAAAUGGGACCGUGAAAAUUGAGUAUCGUCCGUCAAGUAAUGCAAUGUAUUACAGAGAUAGCCUCGAACGUAAAUGGUCACGUUAUGUCGGAAGGUAUGGCAAAACAUUAAAAUUGAAUGCUGGUACUUACACAGAGAAAAAAGAGCAACAUUACAAAUAUGUGUUGAUAAUAUACAGGUUCAAUGUUUCUAUGAAUGGACAAUAUAGGGUUUAUUGUGGUUCUCCUAUAGGAAGGUACACAGAUCCUGUUACCGUGAACUUGCCAGAACCACCAAGUGCACCUGUAAUAGUUGGUCUACAAGACAUAGAAAAUUGCAGGGACUGUAUUGUUGCUGAGGAUAAUGAAACGAUCGCACUUGCCUGUGUGAUACACGGUGGUACCCGUCCUCUAACCGUUAUCAUGACACUAGGAAAUGAGACAUAUUUCCCUCAAAAUAAAUCAAAUUCAACAACCUAUAUGGUAUAUUUCACCGUUAGGGACCACCAUCACAAGAAAAAUGUGAUAUUUUCAGUCAUGAACGAUGCAUUGCCGUCACCUUUGAAGGCUACUGCUCAGAUGUUUGUUAUAAAGCCUCCAGUCAUAGGGUUCAAUAUAUCUGGAUCGACAUUAGAUAUCUCUGAAGGAGAACGGGCACAUGUAAAAUGUGAAGCUGACAGCGUUCCCGCCUCCAAUGUAUCAUGGAUUGAAGAGCUGAGUAAUGGAAACAGAACAAAGAAGCAAUGUAACUUGACACCAAACUGCGUAUUAAAUAUUGAUACUGAUGAAGUUUCAAACAGGCGUUUCAAAUGCCAGGUUCACUAUAAGACAAAAGUUUACCACAAAUAUUUGACUAUUCACAUAAAAGAUAAAGUUGAUGAAGACGAUAAGUACAAUAACAAACAGAAAACGACCGGCCAAGCGUCGGACAAAUCAAUCAUAUGGAUAAUACUGGGUGCAUGUGUUCUUGUGGUCGUCAUCAUUGUCAUAGCUGUCUUGUUUCUUGUCUUCAGAAAAAAAGGUCAAACUCUUCAAGAUAAGAGAGAAGGUCGGGUACACCACGACACACAAGAGGGCCAUGCAAGAUGUACUAUACAAAAGUCGGAGGAUCGCCCAGCGGGACAAUUGCUUUAUGCCGACCUGGCCUUUGAUCCAAAUGCGGCUCCGUCAAAAGCAGCAGUUGCCAAACAAGAAGAUUCACCCACAGAAUAUGUUGAUAUAGAUUAUGUGAAGACGAAAGCUAAUAAGGAAAUUGAUGAUGUCCCUACGAAACAGGAAAAUUUAAUACUCUGUACUCUGCUUCAAUACAAAUAUGUAAACAAUAAAGGUGCUCAUGUGAGUAAAAUAGAACCGAAGUAUGGGAGUUUGGCUGGAGAGACCAGGCUGACAAUCUAUGGCGGAGGAUUCUCAGCGGACCAGUUCAGUCAAAAUGAUGAUCCAAACGUGGGUAACAGGGUGUACUUGGUCGGUGAAUCUGGCACGGAAUUCUCGUGCAUAGUACACAAAGACGGCUGUACAGAGACUCAGAUUAUGUGCUAUACCCCCAGAGGUAUGACGGAGGAGGACCACUAUGUCAAGGUCAAGGUUGACGGUGAUGUUGUUGCAGACAGUGACCUGUGUGGCGGUGAUCCGACCAGCUUCAAGUGUACUUUCAAG